AUGACAAGGAAGGUCACAAUUGAGAGUCCAGAAACCUCAGAACCUCCAGAGAUUCCACGAGAUUACAGGGUGUUCCAGGAUGUCUUCACCAAGCAGAGUGUCAAGUACUGGUAUCCACUUCCUCUGGUCCCUGCCUCCCUGGAACAGCUACGUGGGGCUCGCAUCUUCUCCAAGCUAGACCUGCGUAGCGUGUACAACCUCAUUCGGAUCAACAAGGGUGAUGAAUGGAAGACCACAUUCGUAACACCAUCAGGCCACUAUGAAUAUCAGGUGAUGCCGUAUGGCCUCUCCAACUCACCCUCUGUCUUCCAGGGAUUCAUGAAUGAGGUGUUCCGGGAGUACCUCCACCGCUUCGUGAUCAUGUACGUCGACAUCCUCAUUUACUCCUGGAACCUGGUCGAAUAUUUCCACCCCGUGAAACCGGUCUUCAGAAGUUGA